AUGGAUGAUGGUUAUCGAAACAGCCCAAACCUCUACCACAGUGCAAGAGAUAUAGCUCGAGAGGCAACCCGGCAGUCCCGGAACCAAGGAAUGGAUGACUACAAGUAUCAGGACAACUAUGAGGGGUAUGCCCCCAAUGAUGGCUAUUACCGUGGCAAUGAGUCCCACCCAGAGGAGGACGCACAGAGCGAUGUUACAGAAGGCCACGAUGAGGAGGAUGAGAUCUAUGAAGGCGAGUACCAGGGCAUCCCUCACCCAGAUGAUGUCAAGGCCAAGCAGGCCAAGAUGGCACCCUCCAGGGCAGAUGGCCUUCGGGGCCAGACUGACCUGAUGGCCGAGAGGAUGGAAGAUGAGGAGCAGUUGGCCCACCAGUACGAGACCAUCAUUGAUGAGUGUGGCCACGGGCGUUUCCAGUGGAUCCUCUUUUUUGUCUUGGGUUUGGCUCUGAUGGCUGAUGGAGUGGAGGUGUUCGUGGUGAGUUUUGUCCUGCCCAGUGCAGAGAAGGACAUGUGUCUGUCCAGUUCCAAAAAAGGAAUGCUUGGGCUGAUAGUCUACCUAGGAAUGAUGGCUGGGGCCUUCGUCCUAGGGGGCCUGGCUGAUAAGCUGGGGAGGAAGAAAGUCCUCAGCAUGUCUCUGGCCCUCAACGCCUCCUUCGCCUCUCUCUCCUCCUUCGUCCAGGGAUAUGGAGCCUUCCUCUUCUGCCGACUCCUCUCAGGCAUAGGGAUAGGGGGUGCUCUGCCCAUUGUUUUUGCCUAUUUUUCGGAAUUCUUAUCUCGGGAGAAGCGAGGAGAACACCUUAGUUGGCUGGGCAUCUUCUGGAUGACGGGGGGCAUCUAUGCAUCUGCCAUGGCCUGGAGCAUCAUUCCACACUAUGGCUGGGGCUUCAGCAUGGGCACCAACUACCACUUCCAUAGCUGGAGAGUGUUUGUCAUCAUCUGCGCGCUGCCCUGCACCGUGUCCAUGGUGGCUCUGAGGUUCAUGCCAGAGAGCCCGAGGUUCCUGCUGGAGAUGGGCAAACACGACGAAGCCUGGAUGAUUCUCAAGCAAGUCCACGACACCAACAUGAGGGCAAAGGGGGCCCCGGAGAAGGUGUUCACAGUUUCCCACAUCAAAACUCCCAAGCAAAUGGAUGAAUUCAUUGAGAUCCAGAGUUCAACAGGAACUUGGUACCAACGCUGGCUGGUCAGGUUCAAGACCACUUUCAAGCAGGUCUGGGAUAAUGCUCUGUACUGUAUGAUGGGGCCCUACAGGAUGAACACGCUGAUUCUGGCUGUGGUCUGGUUCACCAUGGCUUUAAGCUACUAUGGACUGACAGUUUGGUUCCCUGAUAUGAUCCGGUAUUUUCAAGAUGAAGCAUACAAGUCCAAAAUGAAGGUGUUUUUCGGUGAGCACGUGUAUGGCGCCACCAUCAACUUCACGAUGGAGAAUCAGAUUCAUCAACGUGGGAAACUUGUGAAUGACAAGUUCACAAAGAUGUACUUUAAACAUGUACUUUUUGAGGACACAUUCUUUGACGAGUGCUAUUUUGAAGACGUUACAUCUACUGAUACCUAUUUCAAAAAUUGCACCAUUGAAUCGACCAUCUUCUACAACACAGACCUCUAUGAGCAUAAAUUCAUCAACUGCCGGUUUAUCAACACUUCCUUUCUGGAGCAGAAGGAGGGCUGCCACAUGGACUUUGAGCAGGAUAAUGACUUCCUGAUUUACCUCGUCAGCUUCCUCGGCAGUCUGUCUGUGCUGCCUGGGAACAUCAUUUCUGCCCUGCUCAUGGAUAGAGUUGGAAGGCUCAAGAUGAUUGGUGGCUCCAUGCUAAUCUCGGCGGUCUGCUGCUUCUUCCUGUUUUUUGGCAACAGCGAGUCUGCGAUGAUUGGCUGGCAGUGCCUGUUCUGUGGGACCAGCAUUGCCGCCUGGAAUGCUCUGGAUGUGAUCACGGUGGAGCUGUAUCCCACCAACCAGAGGGCGACAGCCUUUGGCAUCCUUAAUGGAUUAUGCAAAUUUGGCGCCAUCCUGGGAAACACCAUCUUUGCUUCUUUUGUUGGGAUAACCAAAGUGGUUCCCAUUCUUCUGGCCGCUGCAUCUCUCGUUGGGGGUGGCCUGAUUGCUCUUCGGCUGCCAGAGACCCGAGAACAGGUCCUGAUGUGAACAACCUCUGGGGAAAGAAGAUGUUGGAAGAACCUUAUCCAAGAACCUUAAAUGCACCCAUGCUUCCUGUCUGUCACUGUCCAGAGGACACUGUCCAGAGGACACGGGAGAAGAAGUUGAUUUUGUGACUCCUAGUUUAGGACCCCUUUCAGCUGUCAAUAUGUUUGUAACUCAGGUGACUGAUUUGGGGGUGUCCUGAAUCACCUUUAGAAUCCCAGAGCUGUGUUCUUGGCUUUGGGUCUCCCCAGCCCAAAGCAGGGGAAGAAGGAUCACACCUUCCAAUGGGUGCACAUGCUGAGCAAGGACUGUGUAUUCCGCCUAGUGAGGUGCGAGGACUUAUUUGCAUUUCAGAAUGAAUUUGAGGGUGAGAAACAUUUAAGGUCCUCUUCCAUAAAGUUUCUCAGAGCCCAAUGACCUAACACACUGACUUGCCAGGAAGUUAGAGUCAUCAUAUAAAUAUUGGGUUUGAAAUACAAGAUACUUUUUGCAUUUAGAGUAUCACCAAGCCUAUGUUCUAUUUGAAAUUUGGCACAAUUGCAUUGAAGAUACUCUAAUAUAGAAAACCAAAUAUUUGAUCAAUAUCUAUAGAAAUCUGCUCCCCCCUCAACCAAGUGUCCUAAGUGUUCCAUGACGAUUAGGUGGUAAAUUUAAGGAUGCUAUUUAUUCCUGUUUUGAUCUAUUUAAAGAAACUUAAUGCGAUAGGUAUUCUGUAAACUAACUUUGUACAUAACUAUAUCUGGGUUUAAUUUGCAGGAAUGGUACCUGCAAAUAUUUGCCAGCCUUUUAGCCAUAUUUUGGGAGGAGUUGGUGUUUGGAGUCCCAGGAAAUUAGGUCUGAUUGAAUGAAAUGCAACCACAAUAUCUUAUAGCCAUUUAACUUGCUGUCAGGAGGAUGCACUUCGUAAACUCGUGUUGUACAGUUCAUUUAGUCCAGGCACCUUUCUUUGUGUAGGUGGAGUAGUUACCUUUCUCUCUUACACAGAUCACUUGUGAAACAAGCUCACCAUCGUGGGUACCGGCAUUAGAUGCUGCUGCACCCCCAGAAACAACAGGAGAAGGGUUCGGGGGCCUCUGGCAUUCUCUUUAUGGGCAAGAAUAAAACACAGUGGACAACAUGAGUGAUUGAGGGAGGGAUGGGGAAGAGUAACCACAGUUCUCCAAAGCGAAAAUUCUUUGUUUCUUUUAGCUGUAAAACAUGAUCCAUAUUUGUUAUCAUGGUCAGGUCCCAUGCGAAAUCUAUGCUAUGUGUCUCGGUUCAGGACCUUUGAAAACAGAUGUCAUUGGCGUGGAAAUUAGGGCAUGCAGUGGAUGUCAAGUAUGUUUCCCUUCAGUGCUCCAAGUGAAUUCUUUUCUGAGACCUGCUUGGAACAUGAAUGGGGGUAGGGUGGGGAUGGGGGUGGGGAACCCAGGAAAACUGCUUUGGCAAGGGUCAGCAAUAGACUGAAGUCUUGACAGCACAGAAAAGGAAGGUUUCAUACACCGGAACUAUCUAGCCUGGAAGGACAGCGAGCUAUGAGCUUUCGUCCCUGGAGGUGGACUGGCCGAGGCCCGGUGAGCAUCAGCUUGCAAGAACUCAUGCUUCAAGUUGAUAUGCAGUGUUCUGAGUGCUGUCAAGUGCUACACACUCCCUACCAGGCAUCUCCAAAAACUGAAGCAGGGUACUGAUGACCACAUGGAGUGUUUUCUCAGCUUUGGGGAGACACUUGGGUCCCAGGACAGCUUCAGGCCCUCUUUCUGUUGUUUUCUGGAGUAACAAGUAGACAGGAGGAAAGAGUAAAUAUUACGACACCUUUCCACCUUGGAUCUGAGAUCAGUUUUAAUGGUUAAAAUGUUGACUCUGCUUCUCCUGUCUCCUACCUCUUUAUUCACUCUUUUUUUCUUUACAGGGAAAGAAGACAUGUCAGCUCUGAUUUGACACCCUGAUCCCCCCAAAUAUAUAAAUAUACUAUUGUGUAUUAACAUUUCUCUCAGUGUUUUAUAGGAAUUGCCUAACAUAAAGGCUACAUCAGUAAUGAGAGGCCCAAUGUAACAUAGCUGUAAUAUACUUUCUGUAUUCUGACUAUGAAAUACAGUGGCUAGGUCCGUUCAAGAGAAUUGUGUAACCUGGAGAUGGCCACAUCCCUUGUAACAUUAUUCUUCAAUGGGAUGAUACAAUUUAAUGAGCAGCUACCACUUAAGAAAUUUAUAAAGCAGUUAGAAUCUGCAUUUGUAGUUAAGAUGGAUCUUGUAAAUCUCACAUCCAAUUAAUUUUUGAGUGUUGAGAUGGCUGCCAUAAUUUGGGGGUCAAUUCCAUUUGGGUUUUCAAGCUCUAAUAUGUGCAUUAACUGUAUGGCUCCUUAAACCAACCACCUAACCAAACAAGAGCAGUUCCUAUGUCAUCCAUCACCUAGGCCUUUGUAAAGGGUGCAGCCAGGCUCUGCAGCCUUCCCCGUCCAUGAAGAAUUGCCUGGCGCUGGUACCUGGCCUCUUCUUAAAUGCUGUCAUUCCUGCUGAGAUAAAUGCUUCUUUAAAAAUAGUCUCUGUGGCAGGUCAUUGGGGGAUAAUGUACAGCAUUUCUGGCCAGGCCCUUCUUUUUCAUUUCGUGUUCUAUCUUGAGAAACUCCCAAUGGCAUCCUUGCGGUGUGGAAGGAUGAGGUUCUCCUUCGUUGAGCAAAGCUGUUCACGGUUCAUGAUAUAUUUUAUGAUGCCCGUUUUGGUACUUUUAACAGCCUCAACUGUGUUGUGUCAUCUCUUGAUGCUGAGUUUUGACCUUCUGUUUUAUUGGAAAUAAUUAGUGAAAUCGGCGUGCCUAUUUGUGAAGUUUAUAGCACAUGCACCUGAGGUCAUGUGAUAAAUAACCACAUUCCCGGGGUCCCCUGCUACCUUGUAUUAGCUCAUUAAAAAUAAUAAUAAAAAUAAUUAUAAACAAAUUUUUAAGAA